AUGGACAAGCCAGAUAAGGGUGAUGCUUUCCUGCAUCUGGAAGCUGGAAAUAAGGAGAAACUGAUCAGGGAUAGGAUAGUGCCAGCCUUGCCUACAGUGACCAUUAAAAUGUGCAGUCAAAAUCCUGGAGGGAAACUGGAUAAUCUUGCAUAUGAGCAUAGCAGCAUUGUCAGUAAGCUAAAGAUUGGGGAAUCCGAUGAAAAGCAGCCUUUGUAUGUGCUCAAGUUCAGCACUGGAGGAACCAACCGUUCUGCAAUCUGGAUUGAUGCUGGUAUCCAUUCCCGAGAGUGGGUUACCCAAGCAAGUGCAAUAUGGAUAGCUAAAAAGAUUGCUUCCGACUAUGGCAGUGAUGCAUCCAUCACCUCUCUGCUGGAAAAAAUGGACGUUUUCCUGCUGGCAGUCACAAACCCUGAUGGAUAUGAAUUCACUCAUACCAAAAAUCGCAUGUGGCGGAAGACACGCUCCAAGAUUCAAGGCAGUCUGUGUGUUGGAAUUGAUCCAAACAGGAACUGGGAUGCAGGUUUUGGAGGUCCUGGAGCCAGCAGUAAUCCCUGCUCUGACUCUUACCAUGGGCCCAGUGCCAACUCGGAGGUGGAAGUAAAAUCUAUUGUAGAUUUUAUUAAGAAUCAUGGAAAGAUCCUGGCCUUCCUCACCCUCCACAGUUACUCUCAGCUCUUGAUGUAUCCCUAUGGCUAUAAAUGCACUGAACCAGCAGACUAUGAGGAGCUGGAUACCUUGGGGAAAGCUGCUGCCAGUUCCAUCCAUUCCCUGUAUGGCACCACCUAUAAAGUGGGGAGCAUUUGCUCUACUAUCUACCAAGCCAGUGGAGGCAGCAUUGACUGGAGCUACGAUUACGGCAUCAAAUACUCUUUUGCCCUUGAGCUGCGAGACACAGGUAAUUACGGUUUCCUUCUGCCAGCCAGCCAAAUCAUCCCAACUGCAGAGGAGACCUGGCUGGGUCUGAAGACGAUCAUGGAGCAUGUGCGAGACAAUCCAUACUAAAAGUCAGGAUGGGAAUCAACCGUCUAAAUUCUCCUCCCUUGACAUGCUCGAGACAAUUGUAACCGUGUGGCAUAUGGCUGAAUAAAAAGCUUGUGUGUGUUCCUCCUGCAGCAA